AUGACAGCCACUCUAAAGACAACUGUCCGAGCAGCUAAAAAUGUGGAGACCCAUUUUAAGGAAAAGGGUCAGGAGAGGACAGAGGUUGGUGAGAAAAUGAAGUUCGAUGGAUCUUCGAUAUCCAACGAGAAAAGUAAAUUCUUAAAGUCUGGUUCAAGAGGAAGAAGAGGCGAAGAUAAAUGGUGUGACAAGUGUAAGAAGAAACAUGUUGGGAAAUGUGGUGAGGAGGUCACUUGUUUUAAAUGUGGAAACCCUGGGCACUAUGCCGAUGAAUGCAUCAUCAAUAAGAAAGUUUUUUAUGGGUGCAACGAAGAGAGGCACAUAUUGAGGCACUGCCCGAAGAAGAAAGAGGCAGCAAGGCCUAAUCUCCCACCAAAGCUGAAGGUGAGAAUUUUCCAAAUGACACUGGAAGCCGCAAAGGAUGCAACAGAUGUUGCUUAA